GUUCCAGGUGUUCCAACCUCACCCUCGCCCUCACCUCCACCUCCACCUUUCUGUGGUCGGCCUCUGUUUACUUACCUUUGUAAGGUACCCUAGUUAUUGUCCACGCAAGGUCGCCGCCGGCGCUGCUCUCAUCUUGUGUCCGGAGAAUUAUUACCUGGGGUAGUCAAUCACAUCAACCAUGGACGAAACCACGUCCCCGUCCCCAGGCCCGCCAGCCCGCCAGCCCGUCAACUUCCGCUCCACAGCCUCGACGAACUGGCGCGUCAAAGACGAGUCUCCGCGCGCAGAGCAGCCGCAACAGUUGUCUCAGUCACGGAACAAUCGAUACAACAGCAACCGCGCGCAGAACGGCUCCGGCUCCCAGUCCGCUGCUGGCAAUGGCGCAGAGGAUGCCUCGGCGGGCGGCACGAGGCUGUACGUCGGCAACUUGUUGUACACGGCGCAACAAGCCGAUAUCGAGGCUCUCUUCACCGAGCGCGGCUUCAACGUCGUCGGCGUGAAUAUCUCGAUAGACCCCUUCACCGGGCGCAAUCCGAGUUAUUGUUUCGUGGACCUCGACACGCCGGAUGAAGCACAGCGCGCCAUUGCAGAAUUGAACGGCGUCGAUGUGCUCGGGCGCGCGUUGAAGGUCAGUCCAGGCGUGGCCAAGCGUGGAUCAGCGCAGGGUCAGGGUCAAGGUCAAGGCCAGAGCAGCACGGGUGGUGCUAGCGGUGGGCGAGAAGUCCGAAUGAGGAAUUACGAACGUGGAUAUGCGCGCGAGAGUAGGGAGGAAAGAAGCACGGACUACAAACCCACCUUCGACCGCUGGAGCCGCACCGACGCCUCGUCACACUGGCAAGCACCUCAGAACGAAGGGCGACGACUGUACGUCGGUGGCCUCCCGCGCAUCGAGCCUCAAUCCGCACUGGACGAGGAAAUCCAGACUCUCUUCGCGACCUACCUGGGCGGCAGCGGCGGCGACGAGAAGAUCGUACCGACAGCCGUGUCGAAACUCAUCCCGCCUCAUUCCAGCAAGGCGAGUGAACCGGGAAACCAUUGCUACUGCUUCGUCGACCUGGCGAGGGCCGAGGACGUCGACGUCGUUAUUGACCGACUGUCCGGCAAGGAGGGAAGCUGGGGCGGUGCGGUGCGUGUGGAUCGCGCGAGGGGUGCGGAUCGGAAGGUUACGAGGGAGCAGGGGAUUGGCGGCAGAGCUCAUCAGGAUGGGGAGAGACCGACAGAAAGAAGGACCGCCGGCCUGGGCACGUGGAGAAGAACGACGCAGACGCAGGAGGCUGAGCAGGAGUAAACUCGCCACGGUCAACCAGGUUCUCUACCCUACUAUGCACGGAAGAGUCGGGUUCUUGUUCUUGUUUCUUGGCCUUUGUCUUGGGACAUUCUAGCCCAGAAGAACCAUCUUGUACAUGUUCACCGAGAUCUUGGCACCACGAGACACAGAAAUGGGCUUACUCAUGUUCUCUCCAGCCUUGGGAGAGCUGCCAACGGACCGCAAAAGCAUGUGCAUGAUUAAAUACGAGGGUGGCAUUAGGCUCCCAGAACCCACAGCAUGCAAUCGGAAAUAACUUUCAUCGUGUAGGUGUAUGUAUGUUCAUCUCAUCGGCGACCGAGGUGCCAGGUUCAGUGGCUCCCUUCCCUUGGGAAUUCGG